UGCUUCCUUCUCCUCGCGCUCCCUCCCCGCCUCUCCCGGAGGGAGCGGUGGGAGGGGGAGGGCCGGGCCGAGGGAAGGUAGUGACACGUGUCAAUCAUCUCCGGGGGUCGCGCGCUGCGGGGCUCGCGCCCCUGCCUCGUGCCCGCGCCGCUCGUAUGUAAAUGAGGGCGCGUGACGCGGGACGCAGAUGGACCAGGGAAGAGGGAGGAUGGCCGCCGAGGCCGCCGUCGCUCAGUGCGGGAGCCCUCGGUGCGCGGCGGAGAGGAGAGGAUUCCGGCGGGAACUCGACUCCUGGCGCCACCGCCUCAUGCACUGUGUAGGUUUUGAGAGUAUUUUAGAAGGGCUUUAUGGACCACGGCUACGAAGACACCUCAGUUUAUUUGAAGAUUAUGAACCAGAAGAACUGACUGACUGGUCUAUGGAUGAAAAAUGUUCAUUUUGUAACCUACAAAGAGAAGCAGUCAGUCUCCCUAACUCAUGAAAUCAGUUCAGAUCUGUUUUGUAUUUACAUAGACAAGGCUGAUGAUCUUGGAGGCCUGGUUUGGUCUGAGACCAUCCUACAGGCUGAUUUCUCAGGAAUCAGUAGUUGGAGGAUAAUGUGGUACCACAUUUUAACUUUCUUCUUUCUCUUGAAGUCUUUUGGAUAUCGUAAUCAUCUCCUGUGUAAAUUAUUAA